AUGGUGGCACAAGGCUCGCGAGCCAAGCCGACCAGGCGCCUGAAAGGAGGCACCGAAACCACAAAGAAUCACCGAUUCGAGGGCUUUUCUUCGCGCAUCGCAAGGCUCAAAAUCGACCCGAUCCACCGCGUGCGCCGCGCCAGCUUUGGUGAAGAAGAUGGCGAGACCACUUCCUAUUUCCGGUCUGCCCUCGACCACUGGGCCGAAAUGAACCUUACGGACAACUUUUCACAGUUCGUUCGCCGAGUCGAUAAGCUCUCCGAGAGUCUCGCCCAGAUCGUGUACCACGAAGAGAAGAUUAUGGGCUUGUUGGUGGAGUUUAUCGAAAAGAGGGACCAGCUGUCCAUGGAGCCGCUGCUAAGUCUGCUAGCACAGUUUGCGCGAGACCUAGGUGUUCGGUUUGAGAAGCAUUUCGCCGCAUCUGUGACCCUCGUGGCGUCUGUUGCUGCCACACACCCUGACAUCGAGGUCGUUGAGUGGAGCUUUACUUGUCUUGCAUGGAUCUUCAAAUUCCUGUCUCGUCUGUUGGUGCCCGAUCUACGCCAGUUGCUGGGUAUCAUGACUCCGUACCUCGGUAAAGAACGCCAGAAGCCAUUCGUCGCUCGAUUCGCCGCCGAGUCCAUGUCAUUCCUGAUUCGCAAGGCUGGCCUUGUGUACUACAAAAACAAAUUACCCCUCGAAAACGCCGUCACGUUCCUCUUCGAUGACAUUUCCAAAGCGGCCGAGGAUGGAAACAACGUUGAGAACUACAAGGAAGGAUUGAUGGUCAUGUUUUCGGAGUCUAUCAAGGGGAUCAACUAUGGGCUUCAUUCCAACGGAAUCGAUGUCCUCCGUUGCAUAUUGGACAAGCUUCCCCCGGCCAGCGAAGGACAUAAUGAGCCUGCAGAGAUCGCACACGGAGUGGUGACCAACCUUAUACAUUCCACUACUCCCGAGACUUUCCCUCCUGUUCUCGAUACCAUUAAGAUGUACGUCGACACUCGGUCUGAUGGGUCCCAGAACCCUAAUAUCCCCGAAUGUUCCCGUUUGAUCUUUGCCUGCGUAGCAACUCGCAAGGGUCUGAGAAUCAAGAACUGGAAGCCUGUCCAUCAGGUCCUGGUUACUCUCUUGAAGCAAGUGUCAGCGAGCCCUGAAAAGUACGCGGAAACCAUUCCCCAGCUUCUUACAGCUGUUGCUUACGCUCUCCAAUUGUCGCCAAUGGACGAAAUGCUGCCGUUUAUGCGAACUCUCAUGGACCUGGUAUCAACGGGACCUUUAUCAAAGUACUUUUUGUUCUUCUGCACGACUUUCUCGGAGUGGGGAGCGGAGCGUUUCCACAGCCUGAUGCUUCCUUACUUCCAGAAGUUCAUCAACUCAUCCUGGGAGGAGCGUGAAUGGGAGACUUGCUUGACUUUGCUGCGACUUCACCAGACUGGUUGCAUUCAGCCCGAACCUACGAGAUCUGGCCAUGUCUCUUGCCCAGAUUCCUUGAGAACCCGCAUCCAUGACUCGUUGAAAUACCCUUCGACUGACGGGGCUCUCCUUAAUGCAUUGAUUAAGCUUCCAAACGCAGUCUCUCUGUCUGCGGACUCCAGCAUGAUGGCAAAGAUUGUGAAAAAGCUGCACAAGAACAUUUUGGCCGCACUGAAAGAUGCUGCCUCCGAGAAGACCAAGGAUGGAUCAAUGUUCUACCAGGGACAGGGCUUUAAGACAUAUGUCGAGCUGGCCAACCAGGCUAAUGACCUAGACUCGAGCCUCUGGCAACCAAUUCUGACAGCUUCCGCUAGACUCUCUCGCGUGCCUCUUUUCUUGGAGGGUGUUCUUGCAUUCAUCACAUCGCUCCCGGAAUCCACACCACUGGGGAACGCUGCUGUGGAUGACUUUGCUCGCGACUUGGUUGUCAAUCUCGCUAGUCCCUCUCAUAGACUGAGGGUGGUAUCUCUUCGCAUUUUGCGAGAGUUCGUUGCUCGUGUUUCUAAGGAUGAUCCCUCUCCUAUCGACUUGGCGAUCGAGGUUGAAGAGAGUGAAUUGACACUUCAAAGUGCGAGAAUUCUUUCUAUGCAUAUCCGCAAACUGGCCCUUCUCUACCCGCAGAUCGUUUCCCAGAAGUGGAUGGCUACUCUGAUUCCCUACUUCUGCUUCGGUCUGUUCUCGAAGAAGCUGGCUGCACUGUGGGAGGACUCUGCUGCGGCCUUGAAGACUAUUAGCGAGCAUCCAGAGGGAGAGAAAAUAGUCUCGGAUUUGUCUAUUCAGUGGCUGCAGGAGCGGGACUCUGGUGCCAUGGAUGCGGCAGAUGAUGAUUCAAAGGAGAAUUUCGUCUCUAGUGAUUUCCAGUGCUUUAACGCCCUGAAGGUAGAGAGCGUUUCUAUUACCAACUUCCAGAACACUGAGGAUCCAUCUGCUGUCUUGUCACAGCAAUUUGAUAAGGAUCACAGCACUUCAGACCUAGUUCCUGCCACUCCCCGGACCCAUGCCUUGCUCGUGUUAAACGCCAUUCCUCAAAUUGCCGAGAAAAGGUCGCGUCAAAUCAUCCCCUUGUUUUUGUCUUGGGCACUUCGUGAUGACCAGGACGACGCUCCCGAUGCCAAGGCCGAUGCUGCUGAUCCCGAUAAUAUGCCCAUCCGAUGGGGCUUCCGUGACCGUUUGGCCAUGCUUGGCUUGUUCGGUCAGUUCCUGAACCCAAAGGUCCUUUUCAGGGAACCCGAAGUUCACGAUGCAGUGCUUGGGCUUUUGUGUCACGGUAACUCGGAUAUCCAGAAAGCUGCUCUCAAGGCUCUCUUCACCUGGAAGAACCCGCACAUUGUGCCAUACAAGGAGAACCUUCUCAACAUUCUGGAUGAGUCAAGAUUCAAGGAUGAGCUUGCGGUGUUUGUCCACGUUGGUAGUGAAGACAGCUUGAUCGAGCAAGAACAUCGCCCUGUUCUGCUUCCUGUGCUUCUUCGAUUGCUGUAUGGCCGUAUGAUCUCGAAGGCUGGCGCAAGCGCCAGCAGUGCCGGACAGGCCGGUAGACGGAAGACCAUUCUGCGGACCCUCUCCCACUUGUCCGAGGCCGACUUUGGACUCUUCAUGCAUCUUUCGUUCGGCCCUCUUGCGGAUGUCAACAUUGUUAAGGAUGACAAGACGAACUUGGAUGCGUUCUCGGAGGAGCUCCUCAGCCCCAGAAGACAAGUUGGUCUGCUCAAGAUGAUUGACACUGUCUUUGACACUCUUCAGGCCCGCAUGAUCCCCUACUCCGAGCAAACGAUGAAUGUUAUAAUUUACUGUCUGGUGCGGGCGUGUCGGGCCAUCUACGAUGAGAGCAGCUCGAUCUAUGUGGACCGCGAGGAUGAGAAGACUCUUGCAAUUUACCAGAAUGUCCGUCAGGCAUGUAUUCGAUGUCUAAACCUGGUCUUCUCCGUUGCCUCUGACCGCGACUGGACACCUUAUGUCCGGGUCAUCUUCGAUGAAAUGAUCAACGAUAGACUGGCGCAAUUCCCCAUUGAGACCGCCCAAGGUGUCUCCGGUCUACUCCGACUCUUCCACACAUGGGCCUCUGCCCCGAGAUCCACAUUCUACCUGGUGCAGCACAACAAGGAUGUUCUGAACAAGGUUAUUGACUGUCUUAGUGUUGAGUCAGCACGCGAUGAAGUCAAGGUCUUUGUCCUGGAAGAGGUCCUCGUGCCUCUGGUUUUGCUGGCCAGUGGAAAGAAGCUUGCAGAAGAUGAGGAAAUGCCCGACAUACCGGCUGAGCAGAUUCGAUCUGAAGUCCUGUCUCCCUACCUGGAGCAUGCCCUCUCCCACAUGGCUCGCCUCCUGAAGAGAGGCCCCUCAAAGCCCGUCCUGUUCGCAGGAGUUAAUGCUCUAUCUCAGAUAGCACCUUGUGUCGAGUCUUCUCUUGAGACAUCUACCUUGAUCAGCAUUUCCACCUACCUUCUCCGACAGCCCCCGGAUCGUGUCAAUCCCAGAACCAAGUCUGGUCUUCUGAAGAUCCUCGAGCACUUCCUGCCCCUGUACAGCCCCAAGGAAGAUAUUGAGCUUUCUCAGCAGGUGUUUGAGGCUGUGUCGGCCAUGUUCGAUUACUUCAAGGAUGACGCGAACAGAGAGGUCUUGGCACGAGUUUUCACUGCUCUCGCCACCCAUGACGAGGAUCUCAAGGAAGUCGCGGAACUUUGCGCGGAUCUCAACUCUCGCUCCAUGAAGCGUCUCGAGCCUGACUUCGAGCGCCGUCUGAAGGCGUUCACGAAGAUCAACGAGGAACUGUCUACGACCCUCAGUGCCAAGCAAUGGAGACCUCUCCUCUACAAUAUGCUGUUCCAUGUCAAGGACGAAGAAGAGCUUGCUACUCGCUCCAGCGCUUCCUUCGGCUUGAAACGAUUCAUUGAAAGAGCGGCCGUUGAAGCGGGCAAAGAGGACUUCGAAGCUCUUGUCAACGACGUCUUGCUGCCUUCGCUGAAGUAUGGUAUCAGAAACAAGUCCGAGUUAAUCCGUUCUGAGAUCGUGACUAUCCUUGGUUACUUUGUGAAGCUGAACCCGGAGAGAGAGUCUGUGAAGGAUAUGAAUGUGCUCCUUGUCGGCGAUGAUGAAGAAGCCUCUUUCUUCACCAAUAUCCUCCACAUUCAACAGCACCGUCGUCUGCGUGCUCUACGCCGCCUUGCCGCUGAGGCUGGUAAAGGAAACCUCACUCCCACAAACCUGGGCUCAGUCUUCAUGCCUCUUGUUGAGCACUUCUCGUUUGACGAGGCCGAGGAUGAGAGCGGUCACAACUUAAUCGCCGAGGCUGUUGCUACCAUUGGUUCCCUUGCCGAAUGGUUGGAUUGGGCUCAGUUCCGCGCGAACUUCCGCAGAUACCGCAGUUACAUGAAAAGCAAACCUGAGAUGGAGAAGAAUAUUCUCAGGCUUCUUGGUCGCAUGUCUGAUGCUUUGUCUAGCGCAAUGGAUCAAAAGAAUGGACCAAAGGACCAAGUCAAUGGCGAUGCUGGCGCGGAAGCGGACGCAGACGAAAUGGAUGUCUCUGAGCCGCCCGAAUCGCCCGAGCAAAUUAAGUGUAUGCUCGCCCGGAGUCUCCCCUCCAUCGCGAAGGUGUCCACAGAGUUGACUACCAACUUCAUCCCAUUCUUGACCGACUUCAUCCAUCACAAGCAAGAGACUGAGAUGAGUUUGCGACUUCCGGCUGCCAUCACUACGAUUAAGCUGUUGAAGAUUCUCCCCGAGGAUGACAUGGCUAUUCGUUUGCCUCCAGUCUUACUUGAUGUCUGCAAGGUCUUAAAAAGUAAGGCACAAGACUCUAGAGACACGGCGCGAAAGACGCUUAAUGAGAUUGCUCUUCUCUUGGGUCCUGUCUACUUUGGCUACAUCCUGAAGGAGCUACGGAAUACCCUUUUGCGUGGUUACCAGCUUCACGUCUUGUCUUUCACAGUUCACUCUAUGCUGGUGUAUACAACCGAUCACUUCAAGCAAGGUGACUUGGACUACUGCUUGCCAGAUCUGGUUGCUGUCGUUAUGGAUGAUAUCUUCGGUACUGUUGGCCAGGAGAAAGACGCUGCCGACUAUGUCAGCAAGAUGAAGGAAGUGAAGAGUAGCAAGAGUUACGACUCAAUGGAGUUGCUCUCCAAGAACGCAACUAUUGGUCACCUGUCGGGUCUCGUUCGCCCUCUCCAGUCGCUUCUGCGCGAGAAGCUCAACUCCAACAUCGUCAAGAAGAUCGACGAGCUGAUGCGUAGAAUCGGCAUUGGCCUUUUGCGAAACCCUAGUGCCGAGAGCCGUGAAUUGCUGAUCUUCUGUUACGAAGUCAUUAAGGAGUCCUACCAGGACAGCGCAGCCUCUGACAAGCCAGAUGUGAAGAAGUCUUACUCCGAGGAGCGGUUCUUGGUUAGACUGCAAGGCGCCAAGCGAGGCGAGAAACGCGGUACUACCUCUUCCCACGCCUACAAGCUGACUCGCUUCGCACUUGACAUCCUUCGCGCUAUCCUCAACAAAUUCGGAUCGCUUUUGACCCCGGCGAACUUGGCUGGCUUCCUGCCCACCAUUGGUGAUGCCAUGGUGCAGGCUCAUGAGGAAGUCAAGAUCUCUGCUUUCCGUCUCCUUUCCACAAUUAUCAAGCUGAACUUGCCUGAGCUCGAUGAGAACUCUCACGUCUAUCUCACGGAGGCUGUGAAGAUGAUCAAGGAAUCUCCGAGCACUAACACUGAAGCGGCACAAGCUUCACUGAAGCUGAUCUCCGCUGUGAUCCGCGAGCGCAAGAGUACCAAGCUCCGCGAUGGCCACCUUGCGUACCUGCUCCACCGUCUGACUGCUGAUAUCGAGGAGCCAGACCGACAAGGGAUCACUUUCAACUUCAUCCGCGCGGUGAUGUCCCGGAAGUUCGUUGUCCCAGAGAUGUACGAGCUCGUUGACAGCAUUGCGACCAUGAUGGUUACAAACCAGACGCGGUCUGCCCGUGAUCUUGCUCGCGGUACUUACAUCCACUUCCUGAUCGAGUACCCCCAGGCCAAGAACCGUUGGUCGAAACAGCUUGGUUUCCUCGCGAAGAACCUGGAUUACAAGCACCAGGAAGGAAGACAGUCCGUAUUGGAGGCGAUUCACAUGCUUCUUUCUAAGACCGGGCCGGAAUUGGCCCAGGACAUCAUCAGCACAUUCUUUUUGCCUGUUGUCCUAGCCAUGGCUAACGACGACUCGCCUGAAUGUCGCGAGAUGGCCGGUGCGCUUCUCGGACAGUUCUACGCUCGCGCAGACAGGGAGCAAAUGAAGACCAUUUUGACACCUCUGCACUCGUGGCUAGAGCAGACUGACAACAUGGCUCUCGGUAGCAUUGGUCUCCAGGCUAUGCGAAUUUACUUUGAGACUGAAGAGACACAGAAGGAAAAGGAGGCUCGCUUCGUCGUUGGCAUUCUACCUGGAUUGAUGCAGCCCAUUCUCGACGACCACGAGAAUGGAAACUGGGAAACUCUUUACUUCGCCUUGCAGUUAUUCUCAAAACUUGGCAAGACAGUCCCCACGCUUGCAUUGAGCCCCGACUGUGCAUCCAUUUGGACUGCCGUCCAAGAGGCCUUGUUCUUCCCCCAUACUUGGGUCAAGACCUGUGCUUCUAACCUCAUUGGUAUGUGGUUGGCUGAUGUGGCCAAGACUCACGCCGUCGCUGGGUACAGCAAGAUGCCCUUAGCCAGUAGCUCGGGCCUGGUCCUGGAUAAGGAGGCUAUGAUCAAGCUUCUCCGCGCUAGUACCCGUUCUCUACGUACUCCUGGUAUAUCCGAGGAGCUGGCGAUGCAAAGCGUCCGCAACCUGGUCUUCCUUGGCCGUUGCUGUGCUCAGAACGGCCUUGAGUUCCACAAGGCUGGCGUGGAAGGUGUUGAGUCUGAUGCCGAAGAUGACGAAGAAGAUGAAGGCAGCGAGGUUGAUGGUGAAGAGACCACGAAGACCACCAUCGUCCCCAACAAGUCUGCCAUCCACUACAUUUUCCGCCAAAUUUCCUCUCUUCUGCGCCGUGAGAUCAUCUCAACCCGCCCCGGGGUCCUCAUCCCAAAGACAGCCUCCAUCGCACUCCUGGCUGCGCUCAUUCAUCACCUCAGCGCAGAGCAAAUCCGACCUUCUCUAUCAAGCAUCUUACUCCCGCUGCAACAUCUAACCGACUCAUCCAUCCCGGCGCCUCGUUCCCCAGACGAGACGUUCCAGAAUACCUAUAAAUCACUUGUCUCGAACUGCCACGAGGUCCUGGACUCUCUGCAGAAGAAGCUUGGUACCACUGAGUACAUUGCGCAGAUGAGCAAGGUGCAAGAAGCCAUCAAGGAGCGGCGGGAAGGACGCCGUGUCAAGCGUCGCAUUGAGGCUGUUGCUGAUCCUGAGCGACACGAGCGUGACAAGAAGAGGAGGAACGAUCGGAAAAGAGUCAAGCGUCAUGAAAAGGGUCUUGAGCACCGUGGCAAGAGACGUGGUUGGUAA